ACGUGUCUCCGCGGCCGCGCUCACAUUUGACCAGCUCGUUGUUGUAGCUCUGCAGGGCCGCCCCUUGCUGGGUCAUCGCGGGGUCCCGCCGGCCUGCCUGCCUGCCUGCCUCUCUGCCUUCUUUCCCUCUGUCUCUCGGCCCGGCCGGCCCGCCGCCCGCUCGCUCGGCCUCCCGCUCCUCCUCCUUUUCCUCCUCCUCCUCCUGCAACUGCCGCCUCUGGUUUCGCGCGCCGCCCGGCCGGGCCUCAGCGGGGACCCGUCAUGGAGCUCUCGGCUGCCUGGCACACGCUCAGCACCGGCCUGGUGCCGCCCGCAGCCCUCGGCCUGGCGCAGCCCAGAUCCAGCUUGGCAGAGCUGCCCAAGGACAGUGACUUGCUCUCCGCCGUGGAAGUGCUGCGGCGCUAUGACCUGCACUCCGUCCUGGAGGAAUGGUUCCUGGAGGUUCUGCAGACAGACCUUCAGGCCAACGUUGCUCCUGAGUUCUGGAACUGCAUUGCACAGUAUGAAAAUACGGUCGAGGAGCCACAGUGCUUCCUUCUGCUUCUGGAUGCCUUCUGCCUGCUGAAGGGUCGGCUGGACCCAUACCUGCACAGCAUGGACCUUCUGGAAGAAUGGACCAGAGCCGGCUUGCUCCUCAGGGCAGGCUCUCAGGGGCUGCGGGAGAAAGUCUACACUAUGUUCCGUGCCAUCCUUUUCUUCUCCACCACAAAGACCUUCCAGGAUAUGAUCCAGCAGUUCUACAGCCGUAGCUUCAAGAUCUAUAUGCGGCAGUGGAGGAGAAGUGAGGAGCGAACGAGCGAGGGAGAGAGCAGCAUGAGCGAAAAUGAGCAAGAGAGUGAGAUGGAGGAUGGAGACCCAGGAGGAGGAGGCCAGCAGUGUGCAGGCUGCAGCUGUAAGAAGGACCAGUGUUGCUGCCCCACAGCUAUGGAACAAUUUCAGCAGCUCAAUGAGAUCCUACACAGGUUGAGCCUGCUGGAGCGGGUGAGCGCUGAUGCCGUUACCAGCAUCCUGCACAGGAUGAUUGAGGAGCGGAUGGAGUGGAGAUGCCGGGGGGAAUAUGAGUGCUCCUUCCUCGGCGAGUUCCAAGAGUGGAUCGAGAGGGUGAUUGGCUGGCUCAGCCGGGUGUUUCUGCUGGAAGGCCCAAGUGCCCCUCCUCCCAGCUCUGAAGCCAGUAGCACGCUGAGGCGCUGGCGGUGCCACGUCCAGAGGUUCUUUUACCGCCUGUACGCCAGCAUGCGCAUUGAAGAGCUCUUCAGCAUCAUCCGAGAUUUCCCAGAGUCAAAGCCAGCCGUGGAAGACCUGAAAUACUGCCUGGAAAGGACCAAUCAACGGCAGCAACUCCUGAGCUCCCUGAAAAGUGCCCUGGAAAUGCGUCUGCUCCAUCCUGGAGUGAACACGUCGGACAUCAUUACGCUCUACAUCUCUGCCAUUAAAGCCCUGCGGGAGUUGGACCCAUCCAUGGUCAUCCUGGAGGUUGCCUGUGAGCCCAUCAGGAAGUACUUGAGAACCAGGGAUGACACGGUGCGGCAGAUUGUGGCUGGGCUAACAGGCGAUGCUGAAGGAUCUGGUGAUUUGGCGAAUGAGCUCUCCAAAGCUGAUCCGGUGACAUUGGAGAACGGCCAGGAGAGCGACGAGGAUGCCUGUGAACCAGAGGACUGGGUGCCUGAUCCAGUGGACGCCGACCCAGGAAAGUCGAGCUCCAAGCGCCGCUCCUCAGAUAUCAUCAGCCUGCUGGUGAGCAUCUACGGCAGCAAAGACCUCUUCAUCAACGAAUACCGCACGCUCUUGGCGGACCGGCUGCUGCACCAGUUCAACUACAGUGCAGAGAGGGAAAUCCGAAAUGUGGAACUGCUGAAGCUGCGUUUCGGAGAAGCCCAGAUGCAUUACUGCGAGGUCAUGUUAAAAGACAUGGCAGACUCUCGCCGCAUCAACACCAACAUCCGCGAUGAGGAGCAGAAGCUCCCCGAGGAGGAGAGACCCCCCUUCGGCCUCGUGGCCGUGAUCCUCUCCAACGAGUUCUGGCCGCCCCUGAAGGAGGAGAAGCUGGAGCUCCCUGAGCAAAUCAAGGAAGCCAUGGAGGCAUACUCCAAGAAGUACGAGAAGCUGAAGGCCAUGCGGACCUUGAACUGGAAGCACCACUUGGGCUUGGUCUACCUGGAUGUGGAGCUGGCGGACCGCACCCUCUCCCUCUCUGUUUCCCCUGUGCAGGCAGCCAUCAUCCUGCACUUCCAGAGCAAGGGCACAUGGACUCUGCAGGAGCUGAGUGAAGUGCUGAAGGUGCCUGCGGCGUCCCUCCGGCGCAAGAUGACCCUUUGGCUGCAGCAGGGGGUGCUGCGGGAGGAGCCCCCCGGCACGUUCAUGGUGAUCGAGGAGGAGCAGAAGGACCGGGCGGAGAAAGUGGUGCUGAUCGACAGUGAUGAGGAAGGCGACUCUGCCAUGGCCUCGCAGGCCGACCAGAAGGAGGGGGAGUUGCAGGUCUUCUGGACGUACAUCCAAGCGAUGCUGACCAACCUGGAGAGCCUCUCCCUGGAGCGCAUCCACAGCAUGCUCAAGAUCUUUGUGAUGACUGGCCCGAUGGUGACGGAGAUUGACAUCCAGGAGUUGCAGGGCUUCCUCCAGAAGAAGGUCCGGGACCAGCAGCUCAUCUACUCAGGUGGCGUCUACCGCCUUCCCAAGAGCUGCACCUGAGCUCUUCUCCUGAGCGGUUGGGGUGUGUAUGUGAAGAGCAGCCUCUUGCUGUGGAGGGAGCAGCACGGCACUGUCACACUGUGCGCUUGGCGGGAGGUGAAGGGCCACCCUCAGAUCCUGCCUGCUGUGCCAGCCUGCCAGGAAGAGGCUCCAGGAUGUGAAAUUGAGGCGUCACGGCCCCUGAAGUCCAUCCACCCCUCGGCAUGGAAGACGUUGGGACUUGUUUGAUGUGUCACCUUUGUUCACAAUAAAAUGGCUUGCGUCCCAUCA